AUGGCUCCACGCAUGUCUCUCUUCACCGGGCGCCUCGCCGUUUUGACUGCUCGACUCACUCGUCGCACAUCGUUUCUGGCCGUUCAAUGCAGCCGGCCUUACUCUUCUCAGCCCCCAAAGCCUCGUCGCAACGAUGAGGUCAAGUUCUGGCCAUUCUUGGUUGUAGCUCUUGUGGGAACUGGGGGCUACGUUGCCCUCGUCAAUCGUCGUAGUGUUUAA